CUUCUCUCUCCCUCCAUCUCUCUCUCUCUCUCUCUUCCCCCUCUCUCCUUCUUCCGCUUCGGGUUCGUUCGAAGAAUUUCUCUCCAUCUAUAUCCAAGUAGAAGAGGCCGUGUGCCCCCUCCCCUCCUUUUAGUGUUUUGUUUUUUUUUUUUUCCCUUCUCUCUCGAACAAACUUGUUUGACCACCGCUUCACUCUUUCAGCGGGCACUCAUUCGUUUGCGAACCAAAAUACGCAAAAAUCCGUCCUUGAAUUUCCAUUCUAUCCAACAUGAGGGGUGCUUUCUUGGCCGCCGCGGCCGCCGUCGCCGGCACCGCAAUGGCUGAUGUCGCCCACAUGCGUCGUCAUGGCCAUCAGUCUUUCCACCAGAACCGUGCUUACCAGCCGGAGCCUCAGCUUAGGGGUGACGACAAGUGCGAAUGCAUCACCAAGGUCAUCACCGUCACCGGACCUCCGACUCUGGUUCCCAUCAACACCCCGGCUCCCGUUCCUAGCAGCAGCAGCAACACCGAGGUCCCCAGCGUUCCCAGCGUUCCCAGCGUUCCCAGUGUUCCCAGUGUUCCCAGUGCCCCCAGCAGCGAGAGCAGCCCCGUGACCUCCGAGGCCGUGACCACGCUCCACUCCACCAGCACCGCCACCGUCACCGUGGUCGAAACCCCUACUGGUGUUGAUGCCACCGGCUCGAAGACCCCCACCGGCGCUGUCCCUGGCGUUCCGGAGGCCUCCUCUCCCUCUGCUCCCGCUGGAACCCCCGCCGUCCCUGCGACCUCCGCCACCCCGGAGGUUCCGCUCCCUACUCCUGGAGUGACUAGCUUCUCCUCCACUGGUAUCUACACCAUCCCUGCCACUACCGUCACCGUUCGGGACACCACCACCGUGUGCGGUGCGACCACCACUGAACUGCCCAGCGGUUCUCACACCUUCGGUGGUGUGACCACUGUUGUCUCGACCAGGACCACCGUCACCUGCCCUUACGCCACCGUUGAGCCCAGCGGUUCCACCGUCACCAGCAAGAUCUACACCACCACCUAUGUCUGCCCCAGCGCUGGUACUUACACCAUUGCCCCCACCACCACUUACGUGCCCACCAGCACCGUCGUGGUCUACCCCACUCCUGCCACCAUCACCCCCGGCACCUACACCCAGACGGAGCAGGUCGUGACUGUCACCCGCACCGAUUACACCUACGUCUGCCCCUUCACUGGCAAUGACGAGCCCACCUCCGCCCCCGUUGCUCCCUCCACCUCGGCUGUUCCUGUGACCACCACUGCUGCUCCCUCCACGACCUCCGCCGUUGCCUCCAGCAGCGCCAGCAGCUCUGCCACCGCCGUCCCCACCGGUGUCAGCGGCAAGCAGAUGGGCAUGACCUACUCUCCUUACACCAACCAGGGUGGCUGCCAGCCCAAGGACCAGGUCCUCAAGGAUGUUGCCAUGAUCAAACAGAAGGGCUUCACUCACGUUCGUGUCUACUCCACCGACUGCAACAGUCUCGAGUACAUCGGUGAGGCUGCCAAGCAGCACGGCCUCAAGAUGAUCAUCGGUGUCUUCAUCUCCAGCACCGGCAUCAGCGGUGCCCAGGAGCAGGUGACCGCCAUCACCAAGUGGGCCCAGUGGGAUCUGGUCACCCUCAUCGUCGUUGGUAAUGAGGCCAUCCAGAACGGCUACACUGAUGCUUCCAGCCUUGCUGGCUUCAUCUCCUCCUGCAAGUCUUCCUUCUCCGCUGCCGGCUACUCGGGCCAGAUCACCACCACCGAGCCCAUCAACGUCUGGCAGCAGUCUGGCAGCGCCCUGUGCGGUGCUGUCGACAUCCUGGGUGCUAACCUCCACCCCUUCUUCAACGCUGAUGUCAGCCCCGAGAAGGCCGGUUCCUUCGUCCGCGCCCAGAUCAAGGAUCUCGAAGCCGUCUGCAACAAGGACGUGAUCAACCUCGAGACCGGCUGGCCCAGCCAGGGUAACCCCAACGGCAAGGCCAUCCCCGGUACUGCCCAGCAGGCUGCCGCCAUCAGGGCCCUCGUUGAGGAAGUCGGCUCCCAGUCCGUCUUCUUCUCUUACUCCAACGACCUCUGGAAGGACGCCGGCGACUUUGACGUCGAGCGCUACUGGGGUUGCAUUGACCAGUUCAAAUAAAUGAUUCUGGCAAUGUCAAUAGUUUAGGGAUAUUUGAGGCUUGGAGUUUUCAUUCUGUGCGGGAGAUCCCGACAGAGUUUCUCUGUUUACUACCCCUUUUUUUUUUCUUUCUUCAUAUACUUGAAUUAAGUAGAUAUAACCUUUCUAUUUCAUGUGUCGAUUGACUGGAGCAUUCUGUUUUCUUUGUUUGUACAUGUCUUAAUCUACGUCACGAUCAUGUAGUUUCCUUCAUUGUAAACAACCAUCCGUCUACAGUAACAUUGUUCACUGGUAACAUCCACUUACCGGGUCAUGCAGCUCCCAGGAUACGGCCAGCCUGAAAAUUAUGACCCCCAACGCGGAGUGCAGCGUGUUUGUACAGAAAUUCCUCGUGGCAGCAUUAUCAAAAGAUAUUCAAUAUGAAUAUCUCUUGUAUGAUCUCUGAAAUAGUUCUUAAACCCAUGGUUUUGCGAAAACA